GGUGGAUCAACCAAACGAGCUGAGCUGAUCUGAAGCAUUGAUAAUCGAUCAAACGACAAAGCUACGGCUGGCCGGGGCGAAUUAAUAAAAGUAUGGAAGAAAUAUCAUCGCCCGUAUUUCCAUUUCCAUUCCAGGAGGGAUUGCUGCAUUUUUCAGGACCACCACUACUGCUUCCCAUCAAUCCAGCUGCGGCUAAUAUGAAGAAUUUUGAUCUCCUUCUAAACCAACCUCCACCUCCGCCGCCGCAGCCAAGGAAGAUUAUGCGAAGGGACGUUGAAAGACAGCGCCGAAAAGAGAUGGGAGCCCUUUACAAAACUUUACUCACCUUAAUCCCUCUUCAUUACAUCAAGGAUUCGAGAUGAGUCGCAAGCUUUUUAUGACUCAAGCCAAGAAGAUGGUUGACAAGGAAAUGCAGGCUGCCCAGCAAGCCGAUGCGUCCAAAAGCUCGGCUGAUGGCUCAAAGGGCCAGGCCGGUGCCGCAAAAAAGGCUGCGGCUCAAAAGAAGAGGAGACCCGCUGAGGGUCAGCAAACUCUGGCCGAAGCGGGGUUGAAGCCGGCCCAAGGGGUCAAGAAACCGAGGCAGACCCUUCCUUCUGAUGUUGCUACGGCUGCCUCACAGGCUCCGGUCCAAGGGGAUGAUGCCUCGGAGGUUCAGGUGAUUGAGGACCUGACGCUGGGUAAGGCUUCGGACGCCCUUGUCCCCGCUUCGUCUAACUUCAACAGAGCUACUGAUGCUGGUGCUCGCUCCGGUCGGGGACUGUCCACCGGCUUAUAUGAAGUGACGGUGCGGUAUCCGACGAAGGGCGGGCUCUUCAAUGAGAGAGUCUCUGGCCACGACGUCCUGUUUCAGGCCAUUCCCGAUGAAGAUAGGGCCUAUCUUCGUCGUCAAGGCAAGGAAGUGCGUCUCUUCGAUGGCGGGUUGGAUUACGUCGUCCAAGGGGCCUUCAUGCUGAUGGAGCAGCAUCGGCGGCAGGAGGAGGAGAUCGCUCGCCUUCGGGAAGCUGAGAAAAAGGUUGCCUCGGCCGAUGAGGCCUUGGCUUCCCUGGAGCUUCUCCGAUCCGAGGUCAGCUCCCUUAAAGAGAAGGCCGAUGCGGCUGAGAGCAGGGCCGUUGCAGCUGAGGCCAAAUUGGAGGGGGAGGCCGCAGCCCGCCGGUUGGCAGAAGAUAAGGCGAAGAAGGCCGAGGAGCUGAAGGCCGAAGCGGAGAGGGCUGCCGAGAAGGCUGUUGAUUUGUUCAUGGCCGAGGGGUGGAAAGCCGAUGAACAUCGCCAGUUCUGCUUUCAGGUGGUGGCCGAUCGCUUCCAAGCUUGGUCGCAAGAAGACCCGGCUGGUCAAGCUUUUUGGAAGCAAGAGAUGGAGGUCUUCUAUGACCUUGGGCAACGGCGUAUGCAAAUGCUCAUUUACCGGAGGCUUCGCCGGCGUGUCAAGAAUCUGAGGCCCCAGGGUAUCGGCCUCCCCAGACCGAUGAAGGACCCUGAGGAGGAGUUGAAGCUUCCAUUGGCCGAGAGGCAGCGCCCCAUUCUGAGCUCCGAUGAGGAAAAGGAGCCAUGGACCGAAAGUGACGACUAUCUCUUCCGGACUUCAGCUAAGUCAAAAACCGCCGAGGACGACGAGGAUGACGCCGACAGUGGGGCUGUUGAUGGGGGCCAGGGGCAGGCUGGAGAUGUAGCUUAGUGUUCCUUUUCCUCUUUCAUUUUUUUGUCUCAGACGUAGCGUCUGGUAGAUUAGUGUUGGCCGAAGUGCCCCUUUUUUGUAAUGGCCGAAGCGCCCUCCUUGUAUGUUCUGAAUCAUUAAUGACGACUUUUUUGUUCAAGUAUGAAUGUUGUUCCUCGC